UUUCCAAACCAGACCUCCAAAAAACAUUUGUCCAAUGCAAUGCUACAGGUAGCUUACUGAUUAUGCACAAGGCUGUCUUGUUGCAGUUGAAUACUUUGGCGCCAUCACUGUUGAAAGUGAGGGAUAUAUCAAUCCUCUGGCAGCCUUCCAUGUGCUUCUGGUACAAGGCGCCAUCAGUGAUGUCCGUCAAUACAGUUGCAUCACCAGAACUUCUCUGGGAUGAGCUCCCGCCUCGAUUUUUCCUGCCAAGAGUGUCCAGCAGUGUCACGGCUAAUUCCUUCAUUGAAAGCAAAACUUCAAUUUGUUUUUUAAGUUCAAUACUGCAAAGAAAUUAUGUGCUGAAUUCUGGGCGCCACAGUUUAUGCAAACGAAGCCUCGCCGAGUCGCAUUUGCAGCAGGAGUACUGCACGAUGUGCAGAAAGUAAUGGCGCCUAACCACCUGUCAUUGCCAGUUCUUCCAGGCCUUUCGCAGCAAAUGCUGCGGUGACGGCGGCACGUCAGCUCCUAGUAGAAGGUUAAUCACGUGAACAAUUUCCAUUGUCACUCCAAUUCAAGCCAGCUGAUGCCGAAUGCGGCAUCAACACGACCAUUGCAUCGGCGACACUUAACUCGGAGUUUGGCAAAUGUUCAUUAGAAAAUAAUUUUAGCAAGUCCCCCACGUUGCUUGCCGUGUCUUCAUCACUUCGGGUGUCUUCAUCACUUGCGCCAUAGGCAGUGUCCUCUGUAGCCACUCCAUAGUCUUCAAAGUCCGCGCUGUGUGUGCUAGCUCACUCCCUCCCCGCAGGGGCGUCUGCGUCAGCAGGCGUUUGGUGUGUUGCGACACCACGUACCCGAGCACACGAGGGUUGGACCCUCCCGCUGUAGCCAUGCGCGGCUUAGCCGUGUCUGGGGAAAGGGGGAUCCUGGAGGUUGAGCUGAUGCCGGGUGUUUGGACCUUUAAGGCCCCCUGGCGGAGCGAACACACCUCUUUGGCCUCUGCUUAACAUAGACGGCAACCCCGGACUGACCCAGCCGGACUGACCCAGCCGGGGGAAAUCAGUAGUUGCCUUUUCCUGUCUCUCUCUCUUCCUCUAGCCUUCGCCUUUCUCUCACUUUCCACCUUUCCUGUCUUCUCCUGGCUUCCCUUCCAAUUUUUCCAGGCAGCAAGGGUUAGCCUUGUGUGAAUUGCCAACCUAGGUUCUUUCAUAUUUGGUUAUAGUGAUGACGUACAGCUGGCGUUUACAGGACCUGUUCUUACAGUCCAUGUAGCGUCCCCUUGUAGGACUCCACGGUGGGUGGCUGGCGUUAUUGCCUAAAAUUCAAUUCCUUUAUGGCAACCUCGUUCCCUCCGCUUCCUGAUCGCCCUCAGAAAAGACGGCACACCAAUGAAGUAUUCCAGUUUUUUGGUCGGCAAAAAAAAAAAUCUUUCCCUCGUUUUCACGUGAUCCACUCUGAAAGGCCAGCUAAACCAGUGCGAACUAUCUCACCAUUCCUUGUUUCUAAGACAUUGACUGAAGUCUUUGGUCCAGGUUAUAAGGCGUCGAGGAUGCCAAGCGGUGAUCUCCUCUUGGAGCUCCGCGAUUAGAAACAAUAUGAGAAAUUGACAAAACUUGUGUCAUUUGGGGAAACCCAAGUAAUUGCAACCCCACACCGUACGAUGAACACCAGCCGCGGUGUUCUCUCGGACGAUGACUUGCUGGAGCUCACUGAAGAUGAACUCUUGGAGGGCUUCAGUGGCCAGAAUGUUAUCAAUGGUAAAGGAAUUAAGAUCAGGCGUGACAGCAAAGAAAUCAAGACCAAACACCUUAGACUCACAUUCGGCUCAAGUAUUCUGCCCGAGUCUGUAGAGGCCGGGUACAUCAAGCUCAGUGUUAGGCCAUAUGUGCCAAAUCCCCUCAGAUGUUUCAAAUGCCAACGUUUUGGCCACAGUUCGCAGAGCUGCCGAGGCCGUCAAACCUGUGCAAAAUGCAGUGCCCACGAACAUACUUCUGAAACUUGCGAGAACACUCUCCAUUGUGUAAACUGUGAAGGGAAGCAUGCCACAUACUCGUGGUCGUGCCCAUCCUGGAAGAAGGAGAAAGAAAUAGUCACGAUCAAAGUAAACGAAAACAUAACUUUCAAGGAAGCACACAGGCGGGUAUCUUACCUGCCCAAAAACACAUUCGCCGAAGUGGCACGUCGGGGCAGCACCACAACGGUCUCCGGCGGCUGUCCGACCCACACCCAGUGAGGCAGCAGUGACGCCAUGCACUCACCCCCCAGCGGAUGCAGCUAGCGCUGCUACGCCAACCCAGCAGACGGGGCCAUCUGCCUCCGGGCAGGUGACCGCGAAGGCCUCGUCCAACGUGCCGAGGCCUUCACGCCAAACAAAGCGCUCGAAAGAGCGCGUGUCCAGCGCGUCUUGCGAGGCGCUGGACACAACCACCAGCCAGACGGCGCCACCAGGGCCUCUCGACCGCUCCAAAAGAGAUAAACCUCCCGUCACGGAGCCUUCAAAGCGCCCGUGAACUAAUCCGUUUCUUAAACACACAGCACCAAACACAUUUAUCAAUAUGGAAACACAAAUACUACAGUGGAAUGUACGAGGACGUCUACAUAACCUCGAUGACAUUGGAGAAAUAAUACACAAACAUAAUCCGAAGCUGCUGUGUGUUCAAGAGACACACCUCAAACCUACCAAAGCAGCUUGACAUGACGAUUGAAGUAAUGCAACUAGUAAAGAAAUUCAAGAAUUAGUUUUUUUUAUGUAUGCCUUUUGUGUAAUAAAUCCAAGAGACAAUGAAAGAAAGGAAAUCAUAGAGGAAUUCAAUUGCUUUACAUUGAGAUGUAGAAGUAAGGAGGAAAAGGGGAAUGAAAGUGGAUGAAGAGAUUACUUCCAAUUGGUGGGAGACAAACCCACAACCUUCGCAUUAUGCUUGCGUUGCUCUGCAUAUGGUGCUGUUGCAAUGGCUUUCUUGAGCAGAUAUGUGCAUGUACUAGAUCUCGCCCUGGCAGUGCUAGCCAGCACUACUCGUACAAGAACACUCACAGAGCCUUAUCUGGUACACAUAAACCCCAGGAAAUUGAUGGAGGUAUGGCCUCCUCUGUAGCUCAAUUGGUUUUGUGUUUAGCUUCCACCAGUGGCAAGUUAUCUUUUUGUCGACUUUCAUUUCCCUUCUUGCAACGUCAACAUUACAAAUGAAAUAAGUUAUUUUCCUCUAUGCUUUACUAUGUUCCCUUGUCUGUUGGUUUCAUAUCAAAGCUCCUCAGUUCUUUUUGUUCAUUUUAUAUUGUGUUGUAUCUGCAUUUUCAUGCUAAUUAUUCAAGAACUUCAUAGAGUUGGUAGCACUGGCAUGCAACUAAAGGUCUGUUGUUGCAAGACAAGUGUUUAUCUCUUUGAUGUGUCCAUACUCAUUGAACCUGUCUAGCAGCAAAGAACCUUUUGAGUUCACCACCUGUGCAUGCCUGAGUUUGUUCAUGCAUCUACGGGGGUGCCUGUACAAGCCUGUAAAGAAAAAAGAAUGUAAUGAACCUUUAACCAGUCCCAAUUGGAAAUUUAUGUGCUGCAAGUUGUGAAGCGUUCUAUCGAGGAAAUUCUAACAACGCAAGCAUUUUCCAAUUUCUUUUAUUGUUAGAGGAGAUAGCACAAAGUGAAAUGUUUUUCCAUUGCCAAGCGAGGCUCACUGCCAACAUAGACAGCCUCCCAUUCUGCCACUAGACGAGUUGCAAAACAAAAUUCGUUGCAGCGCCAUCAGUACUUGCGUACAGGAAGCAGCCAGCGGCCGCCAUUGUGCAUGAAUAGUCGUGUGCGUUUCGCCCGUUCGGUACGCGCGUGAUACCGGCUUGGCAUACUGCAUCGACGCUUGUGGCGAACUCGUCCCUUUUCGUGCUGUUGUCGGGCGACUGUGACCUGGAGUCAUGCCAGUUAACUGCUGUGUGCCACUGUGCACGCAGUUUGGUGGCUUUGACAAGUCUGGACAAAAGGUGUCAUACCAUAGAUUCCCAAGAGACCAGGACAUAUACAAAAAGUGGAUUGCAGCCAUCAGGCAAGAUGAAGGCCCACUCUUCACAGUUUCGAAGGCCACCAGGGUCUGCUCUCUCCACUUUCUUAAGAGUGACUUUGUUGCUAAUGGUUACCGACACUUACACCAGUCUGCUGUGCCAUCCAUAUUUUUAUUCAAGCAGCCAAAGCCAUCGAGGAAACCACCAGCUCAACGGGCACCACUUCAGAAAGUUGCAUUAUCAAAAAGGAAGUGUAACGGUAAUGUUCAAGGGCUUUUCACUACAGGACAAAAGGUAGACACCUGUAUCGAUAACCGAGCAGAUGACAAGGAAAACUCAGCAGAUGGAUGCAACAAAAAUACAUUCAGUGAAGGCACUGACGUCUUCAAUGUUGAAGAUACGGGCUCCACUUUGCUUCCUGACAAACCGCAACAGUCACCAGAACCAGCCUCUGGAAGUAUUUGUGCAUGCAGAGAAAAUAUUUCUGCCCUAGAGCAGGAGCUGGCUGCAAGCAAAGCAAGCGGAGCAGAUACAGAAGCUGAAAAUCAUCACCUGAAGGUGCAAGUAAGCUCUUUAAGAAAAACUAUUGCUGUCCUAGAAAAUAAACUCGCUGCAAGCAAAGCAACCGAAGCAGAAAAUCAGCGCCUGAAGCUGCAAAUAAAGGCACAAAAUAAUGAAUUAAAGCUGCUUCGCACAGAGCUUGUCACUGCACAGAAAUAUAUUGAGAAGCUGGAAGAAUUGCCUCCAUUUGGAAUUCAAAGAUUCAAGGACAACAAUGAUGACAUUGAGUUUUACACUGGACUGCCCAGCUACAAGCACUUCUGGGCUCUCAUGCAUCUCCUUGAUUUUGGGGAAAAUGGUGAAAACAUUGCACGCAAGCGUACAAGGAGCGGGCUACGAAAUGUUGAGUAUAGUGGUCGGCGACACAAGAUUGGUAUGGAGAACCAGCUCUUUCUUGUGCUUGUUAAACUUUGAGUUGGCUUAUUUCACAGACACAUCGGCCACUUGUUCAACGUCUCCAUCAGCACAGUGUCAAGAAUUUUUUCCACAGUGCUUGACUAUAUCUAUUUGCAGGUAACAGAAAUGACAACAUGGAUAUCACGACAAGCUAUUGAUGCUGCCAUGCCAUCUGCUUUCAAGGAAAAAUAACCAUCAACACGUGUCAUCUUGGAUGCCACUGAGAUUAGAUGUGAUGUGCCAACAUCUUUCGUGACGCAAUCACAAGUCUAUUCCUCGUACAAGUCUACCCAUACGUUCAAAGCACUCAUAGGCAUAUCCCCUCAUGGAGUACUGACUUUUGUUUCCGAACUAUUUACUGGGCGUCUGACAGAGAGUGUGUGGAGAAGAGUGGAUUUUUAGACCUGAAGUUUGACACAGGUGACUCAGUCAUGGCUGACAAGGGAUUUAAAAUAAAAGACCUGCUACAAAGCAAGAAAGUUAUGCUGAACAUUCCACCCUUCCUCAUGCAUGGGCAAUUUACUCCCGCCGAAGUGGAGGAGACUCAGGAAAUUGCAGCAAUCAGGAUACAUGUGGAGAGGAAGAUCAAGAAAAUCAAGGGAUAUCACAUUUUUGACCGGUCGAUUCCAAUCUCCGUUGUACCUUUAGCGAAUCAGAUGUGAGCCGUGUGUGCCUUCCUUACAAACUUCCAGCCAUCACUUCUAAAAGAAGACACAAACUGAUAGAAUCCACAGUGUUCCUUAAAGACACUCAUUUGCUAGUCAUAUGUCAAUCCUCACAGCCUCGUGGUGCUGCCCUCCUCUUGUGUGCAAUAAAAUGUUUGCAGCCCUACUUGUCUUUUCGACAUGCCAUUUUUGCAUUGUUUUCUGUAUCACAUCAGAUUACAGUGCUCAACAGGUAUGGCAGCAGUGUGUCAAAGUAAAAGUUGUCGAGCACCUCUCUGGCACUUUUCCAUUCAUUUUCAUUAAAUCUUAUUCUUUCGAUCAAAAUAAUAUCUCCUCCAUAGACCACAAAGUCACCCCAGCGCAACUGCGAUACACCCAUCUGCCCAAGCAGUUGAUGAUAAUACUGGUGGUCCCUCUUCAGCUCUGGUACACCAUCCCUGAUUAUGCUACAGAAAUCAGUGUUUAGAAGGGCAGACGCCUUGUAGUCACGUAAAGAGUAGGGACACUUUAUCUCCACUACACCAUAGGAUUGUUCUGUGGGGUCGUACACAAUCCUGUCAGGCGACGCACCCAACCAAGGAAAAGCUGGGUUAACCAGCAAUCCACAGGUGCUAACUGUAGGAGCAUGGCCCAGACGGCGUAGAGCAUCCUCGUAGCGUUGAGCAGCUAGCGACUCCAUCUUGAUGCUGUAACUGGAAAAAUGUAACAGAAAUAAACUUAGUGCAAUGUUAGUUAAGCUACAAUGUAUAGCACAAUUUUUGGAUACACUAAUGCCACUCUGUGGCAUAUAUAAUUUGUUCAUGUGUUUACAAGGAUAAAAAGAAAAUACUAACUUGACUGCAGUAACUCUAGAAAGGUCUCUUGCAGCUGUGAGGUUCUGCAGGCCCUUAACAGUCCAUUCCUUCCUAUUCAGGACCGCACCAAACUUGGAGGAUGUGACACGAAGCCGGCGUUCCUGCUGCCAUGUUGCACUUUUUGCCUGCUGGCGGCUGUCCUUUUCAAGCGCUUCAGAUGCCAAUGGUGUCACACAUAUCUCCUGAUGCAGGAAAUAAAUGUCAGACAGAUAUGAAAAUUAAAAACAUUGCAUGUUUCUCACGCUCAGUGCACACAUUGGUCUAACGGAUACAGAGAUGUACGUCUUAAUAUUUGUGGGGUUGCUAAAAAUAGAAAAUAUUACAUCUGUCUGAUACGACCUAGUGACCGGAAACUAUAUGAAAGUGCGCAUCUAUUUGCUACCAAACGCGGGUCCAAGGCAAUUAAAAUAUUGAAUGUGAUGACUGUGCCUAUAGCAUCGAAACCAUGGCUAAACCUAAUUCGCACAAGGAUUUGGCACCAACACACAACAAUCGAGAGGUUCAUAAUAAUUCCUUGCAAGAAACAUUGACCAGCCUCUGACCUGCAUAACACUGUUUGACUCAAGGUGUGCUGGAGGAUUCCAGGCUGUGCCGCUUUCGAAGAAAGUGACAGUCGGGAUGCUUUCACAAGGAUUUUCUUCGUUUGCUGGUUGUAACCCAGAAAGAAGCACGGUGAAACCGUGUGGCAGCAGAGACUGUUGGUAGCUCUGUGGCGCCAAUGAGGACACCAGCCCAAACCUGGACUGCACGGUGUCGCCUUCGUCGGUCAGCAGGAGCGCUUUCGCGAAGUCAUUAUCUGGGUCAAACGAAAGCAGUUCUUGAGCAAACUUUUGCUUCGCCUCUUCUUGCUCCUGCCGAUUUCUACGGCGUACACAGCGCUCCUUCGGCAAGGCAAACUUUGGCGCGCUAGUCCCGCCUUCUUUCACUUUGCGCCAGUCCACGAAUUGAAGCGGGCAUCCUCUGAUCGUGCUUCUGCGGGGAAUCCUCCAUUGCUGAGGUAAAUCCGUGCACGAGAGCUGGUCCGGCGCCUCUGAGAAACCCUUUGACUGUAGGAGCAUGGCAGUCCUCAAAACAGCGAUCAUGUGGAUGCAGGCGAGCUUUCCUGCCGGGCAGUCGCAGCUUCCAUCGAUGAUGCGUGUCGUGUCCAAUGCUAUCAUCACGGAAUACGGGGACGCGUUCUUUUUGCUUCGGUAGCAUGGUGCCUGCAAGAAGAUGAGCCCGGCGCUGGAAAUAAAUAAAGAGUGCUAAGCUCCUCCAUCUAUGACUUCAGACAAGAAAAUAAACUAUUGCACCAACUGAUCUAUAAUUUGUUUUCUUAAACCUAAGCAUAAAUAAACUCAUGAGGAUUUCUUAACAUUCACACAACAGCAAAGCACUUUUAUCACUGAGAGUCAACGGUUGCGACUAUCGCCCGUUUACAUGCGAUAGAGUUGCACAAAUAUUUACCUGUUUUGGGUGACAUUGGUCUUCAGCGCACAUACGUUGACGUACGAUUCCACGUGAAAGUUGUAGCUUCGUUCGUAGCUUCGUUUCGUUCCCGAUCGUCCUGCAUAAAAUUCGUGUACGCUCCGAUCUGACAGCGGAGGUAACACGGCAAGGUCGUUCUUCCAUCCAGUGAUGGGGAAAAUUACCUUCCCUGAAUGGUGCGACAUCGUUGAAAGUGAUUGCACAAACGGGGAACACAAAAUGCAGCGCAGACGAUUGUUCACGUUAAGAUAAGGCCACAGAACAAAAACCAACUUGCCUAUCCCUAUCGCAUCCGCAUGUGCACUGCGUUUUUUUUUGUAAUGUUUUCAUGCCCAAUGGCGGCGCUGCACAGUGUUGCUUGAACACUCCAGAGCUUUUUACAGUGUUGCUGGCAUUUAUGCAACUGGUCUACUAGCAUCCACAAGCCCUGCAUCCUUUUUUUUUCUUUUUUUUACAUGACUCACUUCCAGAGUUGGUUUUCUAUGUCUAUGUUCUGCACUUGAUGUUUCGCCAAAGUUGUUUCAGUAAUCAGUGACAUUGAUGGCAGUGCACAAAUGAAGCGUUUGUAUGUAUAACCCUUCUCUGGCAGGAAGCAGGGCUACCUGAGAGAAGCCGUGAACAGCAUGCGAGCUGUAAAAGUUUUUAAGCUUAAAUAAAAUGUUAGAAAUAUCUGCUGCUGUUGGGCUGUGCAGCAGUUUAAUACUUUGAAGACACAAUCUUAAACAUGUGACUUACCAUCCCUUGUCUGUUUACAAUGCUGAAACUGGGUGUGGGAGUACUUAAAUAAUAUCAUGUACCAGUUUGUUAAUGUACAGUUUUGACGUAUGCUGCAAUUGAUGUUUUUGUUUGAAUUUUGUUCCUAGUUUAUCCCGUUUUACAUUGUAAUUGUGCAUUUAUUGUUUGUAUUUACCUGUUUGAAUAAUCGUCUUUCAUAAGCUAAAUAAAUUAUUGUUUUCCACCAAAUACUGAAGCAAUGUUUCGGCAUUAAAACACAUAGUAACAAUAUGUAUAGGAAAAGUACGAGUGCUGCUGCUGGUAUAGUAGUGAAAGAAGUAAACGUAUAUAUGCUUGCCAUUGUUGCUUGCAUGACUUACAUCACUGGAGCGGAAGUAGCCGUAGGUCAUGGAGCUGCUUCACAGCUGCUUCCUUUGACACACCAGGUUGGUGCCACUACUAGGGGACCUCACCAGCACUGCUGCAGAAGUAUGCCAUUAGAAGAUUCCUGGCAUCUGCAGCCUUAGGUUCGUUUCUGACACGUGUCGUACGAAGUGGAAAGUAGCUCUGCUCUGAGCCAUCCCUUGGCAUGCCUUGCCACCAGUGCCCUGGUACAACAUUCCCAAAACUGUCCUCCCUGUCUGUGAAAUGAUGCACAUCAGCAUUCUGGAUGGUCAGGAAGUUGUGCAGGAUGCAUGCUGCUUUGAUGACGAAGUCGACAUUCUCAGGCUUCAAAGAGAUGGUUCGGAGGAGUAUGCGCCACCGGGCUGCCGUGAUCCCGAAGACGAAGAUUUUCCACGCACCUCCUGGAAAAAAAAUUUGGCAAAUCAUUUAUUUUUAUUUAGAGUGAUGCAAUGCAAUGCCUUCCUUUAAACAAGAAAAAGUGCAGAAGGGUUGGAAGCUCUUGCUGGUGCAUGCCUUGGGACAGCAUAAUACCUUGGGGUAGGAUAAAAAAGAUAAGACAAUGCGAAUGCUAGUUCCUGUGUAGUCAUCUCCAAUUUUUUUUCUUUUUCCCUGUUCCUAAGCAUUCGAAAAAAGUAAUCGAUGUGAAGUGUGAAAGGUAAACUAACAACGAAUGGUUAUUUCACAAGCCGUCACACUGAGCACCAGCUAUUAAUGAGCCAUGAAUUAUUAGUUAAGGAUUCCUUUUAUGGGGAUACCGCCACUGUCCAUUACAGCUGUGUACCGAGACAACACCAGCUUCCAUGAACAAUUUUCUGGACACACAGCUGUAUUUGUGGACCCAUUGCAUGUUAUACAGCAAGACACUUAAUAGUGAAAUGAUCUGAUCGUGCAAACUCGUGACACAAAGUUCAAUAAAGACUU